GUGACAGUCGUUUAUCGCUGCUGUUUAUCGUUGAAAAGAAAUGUGUUAAUUCGAUUUUCGGGUUUUAGUUUGCAUUAAUUAUUGUUAUUUUAGUAAUCUUGAAAGUUUAAACAACGGGCGGGGCUGUUAAAAUGACGGUCGACGGGGAUGAGAAGCCGGCUAGAGACCGCGUAUUUAUGGACAUUUCCAUUGGUGGUUUGCCUUCCGGGCGUAUAGUUUUUGAGCUAUUCAACGAUGUGGCACCGAAGACUGCUGAGAAUUUCCGUGCACUAUGCGCAGGGGACAUGGGGCUGGGCAAAGUCACCGGGAAGCCGCUUACUUACAAGGGCAUGGUCUUCCAUAGAGUUGUAAAGGACUUUAUGAUCCAAGGAGGGGAUUUUACCAAUGCGAAUGGCACCGGAGGGGAGUCCAUUUAUGGCGGUACUUUCGAAGAUGAAACCUUCGAAAUAAAGCAUGACCGACCCUACCUACUGUCUAUGGCUAACAGAGGGAAGGACACCAAUGGCUCACAGUUCUUCAUAACAACACAGCCGGCGCCGCAUCUCGACAAUGUGCACUGUGUAUUCGGGCAAGUGGUGAGCGGCGCGGCGCUGGUGCGGCAACUGGAGACUCUACCCGUGGACCGCAACGCGCGCCCGCUGCAAGACGUGGCCGUGGCCAACUGCGGGCAGCUCGUUAGGCUCAAGCCUGGUAAAAAGCGCAAGCAAGACAAAGAUAAAGUUAAGUCGGAGAAGGAAGACAGCGAGGACUCGGACCACUCGCACAAGAAGGAGAAGAAGAAGAAGAAGGACAAGAAAGAGAAGAAGAAGAAACGCAGUCAACAAUCAUCCGCAUCAGAAGAAGAAGAGGAGUCGGAAGGUGGGGGGCAUCCUCUGGUGGUGACCACCAAGAUUGACCCCCGAGAGAUCCCUGAGGUCCCCUCCAACAGGUUCCUCAUGCGGGGCGGCAGGGACCCUGAGAAAGACCGGAGUGACCCCCGACGGGAUAGAGAGAGGGCAAGAUUCCGCGAGAGAGACCGCCACGCUUACACAAGGAGCGGACGAAUUAUAAAGGGCCGAGGCGUUUUUCGUUACCGCACUCCGUCCCGCUCGCGCUCCCGCUCUCGCUCUGUCACGCCGCCGCACUGGAGACAGGCGCAACGACGCAUCAUCAAGCUAUCAGAGUUUGAGCAUGAUCGCCAAGAAAGAGCGAAGGAGAGAGAUCACGAAGCUCAGAGGAGUAGACCCUCUGAGAGAUCACUCAUCAGAGACGAGGGCGGUACUCCUGAGCCUAGGGAGAAAGAGGAGGGAGAGUGCGACACCACUUUGGAAACGUCACGCCAUGAGAAAGUGGACUACAACGCAUUGGAUUUUGAAGAGGAUAUGGAUGUUGACGAUGAAGACGGCACCCACAAGCGCAGGAAGCCGAUAGAGAAGCAAGACGUCUGUCGCCGCGAGCGCGAGCGAGAGAGACGACCGACGCCCGAGUCGCGGGCGCAGAUGUUAGCGCGAGCACUCGGCGUCGAGCCUAAGAGUAAUGACAGCAGGGAAAGAGAAGUCCCCCAUCCACGCGACGCCCGAGACACUCGAGACCCCCGUGACAACAGAGAGUCCCGGGAUACUAGAGAGCCCCGUCGCAGAGAGGGUCUGGCGUCGGCAGUGGUAUACGCGGCACCAAAACUGUCUUCCGCCGUCACUGUCUCCGAACACCAGGGGUUGGCUAAAGCUCCUGUCGAGGAAAAGUCCAAAGAUGGAUAUGACCCUUUUAGUCUGUUGCGAAGUACCUUCAGAGGUGCUAGAGCUGAAGGAAUGAGAAACAGAAUGGAAGAGCGCCUCGAGCGCCGCGAUAGAGACAACAGACAAAGAGAAAAGGACAAGGAAACCAAGGAAAGAGACGAACGACGCGACAGAUACAAGAGUGACAGAGAGGACAGAGCUCGCAGGUUCUCUGAAAGAGAUGAUAAAAUGGAAAAGAGAGAUGAACGGUCAGAUAAAAAGAUUGAAAGCGAUAAAGAUAAGCCUGAUAAAGAGAAAUUCGAUAAACGUGACAUAUCUAGAGAGAGACACGAUGAUAAAGUCGAUAAAAGAGACAAAUCAAAAGAAAUGUCUGUCGACAAAGACAAGAGGGAAAAGUCAAAGGAGCGUUACGGUGAUAAAGAAAAGGUCGACAAACGUGAUAAAUCAAGGGACAGGCACGACGAGAGAAAAGAAGAGAGGCGUGAUAGGUCAAGAGAUAAAUAUGAUAGACGUGAUAGAUCGAGAGAUAGACAUGAUGACAAACGCGAUAAAUCCAGGGAUAAAUCCGAUAGACGCGACAGGUCAAGAGAUAGGCAUGAUAGAAGAGGCGGGUCGAAGGAUAGAGAGAGGAGUGACAAGAGAAGAGAUGAUAGGAGUAAGAGUAGAGAUGAUGAUAGAGAAGACAAGGGCAAGAAAAGGCGGUCUCGCAGUAAAGACAGGUCCAAAUCCCCGAAGCCCCGUUACAGCAGGCGGUCCGGCAGUCGCGAGAAGAGUCGCGACAAGAGCCAUGAGAAGUCACCUGCAGGAGACGACAAGAAAAAGGAGGAGCAGCGUGAUGAGGCUCGCAAGGAGUUGAUGGAGAUAGUCCGCCUCAUCAAGUCCAGGCAGAAAGACCGGGAGAAUAAGGCUGCAGAAGCUAAGAAGAAGAAGGAGCCGGCGUCCUCCGAUUCUGACGACGACAAGCGGCGUCGGCGACGCUCGUCUGACCGCAGGAAGCGAAGCGAGAGCCCUAGGCGCCGCUCCAGCUCGGAGCGUCACUCGCGGCGGCGCCGCUCGCGCUCCGGCCGCCGCUCGCGCCGCCGCGACGACCGCCGGCGAUCCUCGUCUUCCAACUAGACUACCCGCUCAAAACAUCAAUGUUCAGCCGAGGAACCGAGGGUACUUUAGUGUUCCAAGAAGACAAUUAUGUUAGUAUCGUUUAUAAUAUUUCACAUACAAGUGUUUGUUGUAGAAUUAUAUUGGUGCUAAUUCCUGUAAACACCAUCUAAUUUUAUUUUAAGUUAUAUCUGUCAUUUUUUUAUCCGCCGAAAAGGAAAGGAUGGGUAAUCGACAAGCAUAAAAUGUAUGGAACACACGUCAAUUUUAAGCACAAAUCUAAAACAACCGUCUAAAAAUUUUACAUUGGUCAAUAACCCGCCAGAAUGAUGUUGACAGCACACGUCAAAUGGUUUGCAGACCAGCGAGAUACCUUUUUGAUUCGCCCGGGUUAUUCAUUCAUUUACUCAUUAUUCCUAAAAUUAAGAGCUGUCAUCCGUCCCUUUUCUUUUUGGCGGAUAAGAAAAUGACAGGUAUAACUUAAAGUAAAAUUAGAAGAUGUCUGCAGGAAUCGGGGCCAGUAAGCAUUUUAGACGGCCUGAUAUUUCUUGGUAAUAUAAAUAAACUAAAAAAUAAAUAAAAAUAAUACCAGGUACUUAUGCUCAAUCCUAAGACAAGCCGCCAUUGCUAGCCCAUUGAUGAAGUAAGUGUUACCAUUUAAUUGGUAUCUCCAACAUUCCAAGGACGUAAAUUUGUUUAUUGAUAAUUAAGGGAAGCCGCUGGAUGCGGGCAGCGCAGGACCGAUCGUCGUGGAGAUCCUUGGGGGAGGCCUAUGCCCAGCAGUGGGCGUCGUACGGCUGAUGAUGAUGAAUUAAGUGAAUUACUGACUAAUGUAUUUAAUUUCUAUUAUUUGUCACAUAUAUAAAAAUCAUUAAAACUGACUAACUCUUUUACUAAAAGUUCAAAGUUUCCUUCCAAAGUAAAUUAAAACAUUGGACGUGGGUAAUUUAUACAUACAUACAUACAUACAUAAACUCACGCCCGUAAUCCCUAAUGGGGUGGGCAGAGCCACAAGUAAUCAAAGACAACUUGCAGCCACUGUUGAUACGAAGUCCAAAGAUGGAUAUGAUGAACCUUAUGGUAAUUUAUUUUUUGCGAAAUGGCAACGCAGGGUCGGAUGACGUCAGCUGGGCUAACAUUGAAAUGCUAGCUGUCAGUUUUGAGCAUACCUGGUCUUCUUAUACCAUGAAGAAUACAUAAAUAGCCUAUAAAUACACCCCGCUCCUAGGGAUGUCAUUCCUUCAUUAUCCAUACAUAUUAUUAGCAGCAUGACUGAUCCCUUCCAUACAUUUUUGUUGUAUGAGUGGGUUAUAACAUGAUAUAAGCUUACGACUAUAUCCCAGCUGGGGUUGGCAGAAGUACAUCCAUCGCUAGAUGAGUUAAGUACCCACACCUCACCGAGCUUUCUGUUAGACCAACGUGAUAUGUGGUGAGCCGUAUCGCCGUCUAUAAUGGUCGAGCCAACUGUGUUAGUGAAAACUGCGUGUUACUGGAGUUCUAACCAGCAGGGUAGGGUGGGGAAAAAUCGCAGUAUGUUACUUUGUUUCGCCAUGGAGUAACUAGAUGUCGCUAACUGUAGCUUUUAUAUCGUCGCUUCAUAGUGAAACCCAUGUAAGUGGCUUCAUGAAAAAUCACGAUCUUGAAUUUAUUCAUCUUGAUUUCUUUUUUUUUAUUUAAAAUGGGUUUGCUCUUGACUUCGUUCUUCCACGAGGAGAAGAAGAGAUCGACGUUGGAACGAGCUUACCCAGAAAAUGCCUAUUCACCCGUGAUUUAAAGGACCCCAGGAUUUCAUUUCAAUAGUUUCAUUCCGGGUAGAAAUUGAGACUAAUUUUUACUUGAAUUGAAACUAUCGUGACUAUUGUAAGUUUUUUUUUUUACAAAAAACACAUUCUAAUGUGAUUUUUCGAAAAGGCCCUUCCGUGGUCUUCACUAGUAAGCCGACGAUAUGGAAAUAAGUGUUAUCUCUCUAGCGACCCUGCUCUUCACAGGGUCCGUUAACCUAACCUGAAGACUUGACAGGUCCGGUUUUAGUCAACGCCAUCUUGCGUAUUCAUAUAAGACUAUGAAUUAUUAAAAAAAAGUAAAAAAUUGUCUAGAAUAUAAAACAAAACACGAAUAGAGCUUACCUAUUAAAUAAAGACUAGAUAGUGUUAAAAAAUCUAGCAAUAUGCUCUAAAAUUGGAUGGGUUGCCAGUUAAAUAUAAAAAAAUACAAAUUUUGUUUAAUUAAAUACUCAGACCGUCUGGAGUUGCUUUUAAAGACUUAAUUUUACGUUAUCCUGCUGUAAGUAAAAAAUAAACAAGAUAAAAUUAGCGACAAAAAAUGUGUUCUAAAACAUUGUCUCAUUUUAGAAAACAAGCAACGUG